AUGGUACUUGCACUUCAAGCGUCAAAAGUUCCAUCGCCAACGGACGUUGGCGACCCGCUCCUAAAGCAGACCGCAAAGGAACACUUCGAGAAGAAAGUUGCUAUCCUGAUGAAGCAGAAAUUCUUCGCGUUCCAGCUCGACGGAUGGUCGAAUCCCAGACGGGAAAAACUGAUCAAUCUUCUGGCGUCAGGCCCAAAUAUGGAUCCCUUGCACCUCGAGACCAUUGCGACUGGAGUCGACUCCCAGACUGGAUAA